AAAAAAAAAAAGUUAAGGCCAAGCAUUCCCGGAAUGCGCUUCCUGCUGGCGCGGGCCGGGGGGCGGGCAGGCCGGGCCGGGCGGGGCGGACGGCCGCAGCCCCGGGGCGCGCACUCGCCGGGCCGCGGCCCCAGCAUGGCCGAGCCGCUGCUCAGGAAGACCUUCUCCCGCCUGCGGGGACGGGAGAAACUUCCCCGGAAAAAGUCAGAUGCGAAGGAGCGCGGCCGCCCAGCCCAGCGCUCAGAGCCCAGCCCCCCAGAACCAGCGCCUCAGAUCACUGAAGAGUCCCAGGCUGGAGCAGAGGGUCCUCCCAGCCCCGAAGCACCUCGGAACCCUGCUCGGGGAGCCUACCUGCAAAGCCUGGAGCCCAGCAGCCGCCGGUGGGUGCUAGGUGGGGCCAAGCCACCAGAGGAGAUAUCUUUGGGGCCUGGGACACCUAGCAGUGGGGAGCCUGCUGGUGAGAUUUGGUACAACCCCAUCCCUGAAGAAGACCCCAGACCACCAGCACCUGAGCCCUCGGGAUCAAAGCCAGCCUCCUCUGAUCCAGAAGGCUCAGUCAUCCAAGGCGCAGUCCCUACCAGCCCUGCUACCAAAACCUCCCGUACCAAGUCCCCAGGUCCUGCCAGGCGCCUUUCUAUGAAGAUGAAGAAGCUGCCAGAGCUGCGGCGCCGCCUGAGCCUAAGAGGUUCCCGCACUGGCCGGGAACGAGAGAGGACAGCCCCAGCAGGCUCUGUCAUCAGCCGCUACCACCUGGACAGCAGCGUGGGGACUCCUGGGCAGGCAUCAGUGGCCGGAGGCAGUAGGAGCCCAAGGGGUGGGUACCUCAGUGAUGGUGAUUCACCAGAGCGUCCUGGGGGACCACCAUCACCCACUGCCUUCCGGCCAUAUGAGGUGGGCCCAUCAGCUCGAGCGCCUCCAGCUGCACUCUGGGGGCGUCUUAGCCUGCACCUGUAUGGGCUAGGGGGUCUGCGGCCAACUCCGGGGGCCACUCCUCGAGAUCUCUGCUGCCUUCUUCAAGUGGACGGGGUAGCUCGGGCCCGCACAGGGCCACUUCGAGGUGGACCAGACUUCCUGAGGCUGGACCACACCUUCCACCUGGAGCUGGAGGCUGCUCAGCUCCUGCGGGCCCUGGUACUUGCAUGGGACCCUGGUGUGAGGCGGCACCGACCCUGCGCCCAGGGCACUGUGUUACUGCCAACCAUCUUUCGAGGGUGCCAGGCCCAACAACUGGCCGUUCGUCUGGAACCCCAGGGACUUCUUUAUGCCAAGCUCACACUGUCGGAACAGCAAGAAGUCCCUGCCGCAGUGGAGCCCCGUGUCUUCGGGCUCCCCCUGCAGCUACUGGUAGAACGUGAACAGUCCCCAGGCCAAGUGCCUCUUAUCAUCCGAAAGUGUGUGGGGCAGAUCGAAUGCCGAGGGCUGAGGGUAGUGGGGCUGUACCGCCUGUGCGGCUCGGCAGCAGUGAAGAAAGAGCUUCGCGAUGCCUUUGAGCAGGACAGCGCAGCUGUGUGCCUCUCUGAAGAUGUGUACCCUGAUAUCAAUGUCAUCACAGGCAUCCUCAAGGAUUAUCUUCGAGAACUGCCCACUCCACUCAUCACCCAGCCCCUCUAUCAGGUGGUGCUAGAAGCCAUGGCCCAAGGACACCCAAGCAGGGCUUCCCUGGGUCCUGAGGGCACCAGAGGGCUCCUCAGCUGCCUGCCAGAUGUGGAAAGAGCCACACUGACGCUUCUCCUGGACCACCUGCGCCUCGUUUCCUCCUUCCACACCCACAACCGCAUGACCCCGCAGAACUUGGCAGUGUGCUUCGGACCUGUGCUGCUGCCAGCGAGACAGACACCCGCUCGGCCGCGGCUCCGUAGCUCAGGCCCAGGUGUAACCAGUGCUGUGGACUUCAAGCGCCACAUCGAAGUCCUGCAUUACCUGCUACAAUCUUGGCCAGAUACCCGCCGGCCCCCAGAGGCCCUGGACGUCGCACCUUAUCUGCGGCCCAAACGACAGCCGCCGCUGCACUUGCCACUGGUGGGCCCCGAAGUGGUGACUCGGCCUCGAGGUCGCGGGGGCCCUGAAAGUCCCCCAAGCAACCGCUAUGCUGGCGACUGGAGCGUGUGUGGAAGAGACUUACUGCCGCGAGGGCGGGACUUCCUGUCCGGGCCUGACUAUGACCACGUGACAGGCAGCGACAGUGAAGAAGAUGAUGAGACCGGAGAGCAGAGGGGCACUACUGACUUCGAAGAUGAGUUUGAUGCACCGUUCAAUCCACACCUGAAUCUCAAAGACUUUGAUGCUCUCAUCCUGGAUCUGGAAAGAGAACUCUCCAAGCAGAUCAAUGUGUGCCUCUGAGCCCUUGAAGCAGGUGCUGGACUCUGGCUGAUAAGGAACUGCUUCCUGGUUGCUAAGGACCAGGUUCUGGUUACUGGUGACUGGAUUCCCAGUUACUAAAGCAGUGCCCUGAUGACCUAGAAGGACCUGACCAGAGUUGCUCAGGCUGAGCUCCUGGUUGCUAGGGAGUUGUCAAGGGACCAGCCUCCUGUGCGAAGAAUCAUUCCCAGCUUCUAGUGCCAGUGUUUGCGCCCUAGUUGCAAAGACCAGGCUCUUGGCAUUUUAAGCACUGAUGCCAUGGCCCCUCUCCUGAGCACCAGGGCUCCUCUUGCUGCCAGAGACAGUUCUGCUUGCUAGACUGGCCUCUCUUGCCUCCCCUUUGUAGGGGACACAAAUUACUGUGAGCAUCACCCUGGGGUGCUGAGACAUCCCUAGUCAACCCUCUUGCUGCUUCCAACCAAACCAGUAUUAGCAUUGAGCACUACACUCUGUCUCCCCCUCCCCUGAAGUAUCUAAGGACAAUCAUGAGGUUCUAUUUAAGGGACACAGCCCCGGGUUUGGCCUCCAUCUGUGAAGGGACGGCUUGGACCUAUAGCAAAACAGCUGAUUUCCCCCAACUUCUAGGCAAGACCCCCCAAGAUGAACCUCCAACCAGCAAAUGGGGACAGAGUCUGACCCUUCCUUUCCCCAGCAGCCCUUUCCCAAAACCCCUGAAAAACUGAGCACUUAGCCCCUCCCCUUUGGAGGGACCCCACCUGAGGUAUCAGGCUGGGGGCACUUUGGUACGGAAAAUAUUUAUUGCCUCCAUGCAUGUGUGUGUCUGUGUGAGGACUCGUGUGCACUGGCCUGUCUGGAGUGGGAUAGUAUUUGCCAUCCCUAGGUACCCCAAACCCCCAGUGAUCAAGUGGGAGAAUUAGGUCCCCUUCCAGUCUCCCGCUUCUUUCCACUACUUCCAUCUUUGUGGACAACAAAUAAACCAGUAUACACAUGUUA